CAUGCAGCCCAACACAGCACGACAACAGGUUGCGAACGGAGAAUCAAAAUUGCGAAGCUGGUGUCGUUUUAGGGGUGGCGGUAGCCACCAACAAGCAGCGCACAUGCAAGGCACAACGCACACACACACACUUUGAGGUGCACGAGCGGCUGCAUUCCUCCACUAUAGGCAGACAGCAGUGUUUUGAGCCGAAGGCAAGGCUACAAAAGGAUCGCUCUACCUUGCGUUCGCAUCAUUUCUCAAACAGCUACCGUGCGGUAAACACUUGACACACUUGCUACACUUCUACCGACCGACCGUCUGUCUGUCUGUCUGUCGGUGCCAAAACGAAACACCAAACAAAAAUAAAAAAACAACUCAAAAACUUGUUUUCUGAAAUCAAAGUCGGGCAAAUAUUGCGCACUUUCGUGCUACCUCGCUUUUAAGUUUCGCGAACGCGCGCUUACCUUCAACAUCACCAGCAACAAAUACACUACAGCAACAUGGCUGUGGACGGACAACGCUUCAUGACCAAAACGCAACACUAUCGCAAGGUAACAAAGCCGUUGCUCGAACGUAAGCGACGCGCACGCAUGAAUCUCUACCUGGACGAGCUGAAAGAUCUCAUUGUGGACACCAUGGAGGCGCAAGGCGAACACAUUGCCAAGCUGGAGAAGGCCGAUAUAUUGGAGUUGACAGUGAAUUACUUGCGCACGCACAAGCACGAAAUUGCCGCCAGCGUUGCACAGCAUCAAUCAGCGCUGAGCGGGGGUCCAGCUGGACGUGGCGUAAAUGUGGAGAAAUUUCGCGCCGGCUACACGCAAGCAGCGUAUGAAGUGUCGCGCGUGUUUGCCACAGUGCCUGGUCUGGAUGUGAAAUUCGGCACGAAACUUAUGAAACAUUUGGGUUAUCAGCUAAAGGAUUUGCAACAGGUACCAUUGGCGCUACCACCGCCACAUGCGGCGCGCGCAAUGCAGUCGCCCGCUAGUGGUGAGGAGGCGCUUAAUUUAGAGGUAGUCAAACGUGCUGAUGCGAUAUCACCGACGGCAGCAUAUCUGGAUGCUGAGUAUAUGAGACGCGCUUACCAACAACAACAACAACAACAGCAGCAGCAGCAACAUCAGCAGCUGCAACAACAAAUGUGUGGAAAUAUGCAGCGCAUGAAAGAAGCGGACGCAGAAAACGGCGGUGAAUGCUUGUGGCGUCCGUGGUAAGUGGGUGCGCGCAAACAGCAGGUUGACAAUUUUUAAAAGCUUUGUUUUUUUUUUUUUGUUUUAAACUGCCAGCGGCUUUAGUAGCUUUAAGUGUUUAGUGGAUCUUUAGUAAUUCUACAUACUAUAUAAAAUCAUGUCAGCUUUAUUGUUGUAAGUACAAAUUGUCGUUAGAAAUAGUUGAUAACUUUAUAAUUUGUUUGUUGUAUUAAUGUGAUUUGCCUGUGAUAGCCGCCAACUACACUCAGUUAGCGAUUGGUCUGUUCGUAAACCGAUCUCCGUAUUACUUAUCGAGUACUUCCAAGUGUCUUACAUUUAAGUGACCUUUGAUCUAUGUACGUAUAUAGUUAAGCUUUAGUUAUAAGAGAAUUAAUGCUUCCAGUUUGGUAUUUAUGUUUCGUAUAAAGUUUUUCAUUUCUUUCAAAAUCUACUUCCAUUUUAUGUCUGAUUUUUUUUUAAUAGUUUAAGAUGAGCGAGUUUCCACGCUUUUGUAUAUUACACUUUAAUACAUUAUUGGUUUAAUUGCUUUAAAUAUUUUUUAUAAAUUUUAAGCAUCUAUUGGUUUAAUUGCUUUAAUAUUUUCCAUAAAUUUUAAGCAUCUAAAUUUUAGAAAUUAAAGAUUAGAAACAUAUUUAAGUUUCUGUCAAAUUUCAUCUUAUAGAACAAUAAAAUAUUAUUUAAAACUAAACUGAGUUCGCUCUAAUAAAAAAGAGGGAACACUAGGGUGUCCCAGAAUACAAAGGGGGUAUUUAUUGAAAAGCUGGAAUUCGGAGCGUACUUAGGUUUUUUUACAGGUACUUAUGUAUAUUAAAGGAUACAAAUUUCAAAGGACAUUUAUCGUUUUUCUUACACAACUUAAAGAGGAUAUGAGACGAGAGACCCACUUAUCCUUAUGUAAUUUGACGUGCUGAAUCCAAAAAAAAGUUAAAAUUUUCGAGUAAUUUGCAAAAAAACGUGAAAAUCGUCAUAUCUUAAAUUUCUUUACUUAUUUAUGCUGGAAUAUUUCACUUUUGUACUUUUUUAUAUUAUUAUAUUUUUUUUUUAUAUAUUUUGAAAUUUUUGGUGUGGCACCAUGAAUAAAACAGCUCAUAUUGGAUUUAUGUAUUCUGAGUGAACGCGUUUAGAACUUUACCAUUAAUCAGUUUUGCCUUGAAUUUUUUUUUAAUAAAGUUUUCCAAGCUUCUAAUUUUAUUAUUUAGCAAAGCAAUUCUGGCAACUAUCUUUUUUCACCACAGUCUUUUGAAAGACAAAAGUCUAAGUGAAAGAUCUGCUUUGUAAAGGCUA